AUGCCAAACUGGGGCGGAGGAGCAAAAUGCGGCGCCUGCGAAAAGACAGUCUACCACGCAGAAGAAAUCCAAUGCAAUGGAAGGAGUUUCCACAAGACCUGCUUCCACUGCAUGGCCUGCAGAAAGGCUCUCGACAGCACCACGGUUGCAGCUCACGAGUCCGAGAUCUACUGUAAGGUCUGCUAUGGGCGCAGGUACGGCCCCAAGGGGAUCGGGUACGGACAAGGCGCUGGCUGCCUCAGCACGGACACAGGCGAACAUCUGGGCCUCCAGUUCCAACAGUCCCCAAAGCCUGCACGCUCAGCCACCACCAGCAACCCUUCCAAGUUCACUGCGAAGUUUGGAGAGUCGGAGAAGUGCCCCCGAUGCGGAAAGUCAGUCUAUGCUGCUGAGAAGGUGAUGGGAGGUGGCAAGCCUUGGCACAAGACCUGCUUUCGCUGCGCCAUCUGUGGGAAGAGUCUAGAGUCCACGAACGUCACUGACAAAGAUGGGGAACUGUACUGCAAAGUUUGCUAUGCCAAAAAUUUUGGCCCUACAGGUAUUGGGUUUGGAGGCCUCACACAACAAGUGGAGAAGAAAGAGUGA